GCAUGGGUUCCCUCACCAGCCCAGUGCCCUGGGCUACAGUCCAACUCUACAGUUGCUGGCCAUAGUUAAAGAAGUCAAUGCCAUUUCCAAGGCUUUGGAGCUCUUGCAAACCAAUGUCAGAGCCAUUAUCCCCAAAUGAAGAAAACUGCGAACAGUGGCAACUCUUCCCAGGAGUGGACGACCAACUAAUAUUACUCCCAAGAGUGUGACGACGACUCAUCCAGGAAGUCACAAAACCACUUCAAAUAAUAUAUAAAGACCAGCAGUUCUUGUUGGUCUCAGUUAAGGUCAAUGUUCAAGACUCCACCAUAAGAAAAAGAAAAUCAAGAUGGUGGCGAAUACUUUUUCACAGCACUAUAAAUGCUUCAGCAUCCCAUGAAAAUUCCAACAGUUUGAGGAUUACCUUUUUGGCUUCAGAAGUCAAGUGUUCAUUUUUACUAGGAGGGCUGGCAGUGAAUAAUUGUUUAUGCUGCCGUGCCUCAGAAUGAGGGCUGCACAAUAUUGGAAAAAUUGCUUUUUUUUCUAACCUGUGCUAUAUAUUGUGAUCUGCGGUAUUAAUGUUGGAAAAGUUAAUUUUCCCAUGUGAACCAGUUGAAAGAUGAGUUAAUUGUUCCAAAAAUGAGCUAAUCUGGGUCAUAGUUCAUCAUUAACAAUUAUUUAAUGAAGUUCACUGGUCCAAAAAUGAAAUACAGCUUUUUUCUUCCUCAAUAUGUUGCUGAUUGGGUAUUACCCUCAAAAUGAUGGCAUUUCAAAUCUCCAUUGUUGCUACCCAUUCAGUCCACUUUACUAGCGAUCUUUAGCAUUUACCCUACAAUCUUUAAAAACAGUGAAAAAACUUGGUUGAAUUAUGUGUCAUAAAAUUAGGAAUUUAAACAAGACUUUUGUUCUUAAUGUGCAUACAAAGACGCGUCUUUGAGUUUGACAGGAGCGAUGGGAAAAAGGGCAUUGCUAACUGCACUCCUCGCAGCUCUGGCUGACUUUUUUUGUAUUACCACUCUUAUAUUACAAACCAAAAUCCAAAUUAUUGCGGUGUAAUCAUACAGGGUUUUAACUAAAGCAUUCUGAUACAAGUAAUUUUCCUUAUAAUGCAGUUUUACAGUUACAAAAGAACAAUUUCGCUGAAUGUGCUUCGUUUACUCAAGCAGCUGCAGCAUGCCUGCCUGUAGUAGUUUCAUUAUGAAGAGUGAAAUAGGAAAUGCGGUUCUUUAUCAUUAGCAUGUCCAAACGGGUAUCUCUGCUGGUUACUUUGAAUGUUACAGUUGAGUAAUUGAACUCGUUCAGGUACAACACUGCUCUGGGAAUGUGAUUAUCGUGCACAGACCGAUCGUGAUGAUGAUGCUUUAAACAUUCUGUAUCUUGUUCAGCAUUACAAUGAAUGCUCUAAAAUGCAUUUGUACGAUGUGAUUUAAAUUUAAUCUAGUGUUAUCAUAACCAAAGGGCAGAUAUGGGGCCCCAGGUGUGGAGUUCAUGGGUCUCCAUGAUGAGAAUGCCGCAGUCUCACAAAUACACUUUCUCCCCCACCAGGUUGAACUGGUGACUCUACUGGAUGACAACAGUUUGCACAUGUGGACUUUGAGAGCCCACACAGGACUUUCAGAACUUCUAGAGAUAGGACGCUUCACUCUCACUGGUCCACCUGGUGCCCCACCAAGUGUGACGAGAGUGACAGCAGUCUUGGCCCACUCUUCUGGGGAGUUGUUGCUGCUGGGAACUGAGGGGGGGCACGUCUUUAUUGUUCAGGUCCCUGGCUUCAGAGAGCUUGAAGAAAGGAACAUCAGUCUUGCUGAAGUUGCAAACAGCGUACCAGAUGAUAAUUUAGGGCAUAGAAAUUUAGAACAUGUUGAAGCCCUACAGGAGAACCCGGCUAACCCAAAUCAUGUUGCUAUUGGUUAUGGACGAGGUCUUAUUAUCAUCUGGGAUCUUGAGAAACGGUGUGCUAUCCAGCAUUUUCUGGCUACUCAGCAACUGGAAAGUGUGUGGUGGACAGAGGAUAGGGGUUACAUUCUUAGUUCUCACAGUGAUGGAAGCUAUUGUCGUUGGACCUUUGGGGAGGAGAAUGGAAAUGACGUGGAGAAAUCAGAUAUUCCUUAUGGACAUUUCCCAUGCAAAGCAAUUUCUAAAAUAAUUCAGCUACAUACAAAGGAGGGGACACCAUUCCUCCUCUUCAGUGGUGGCAUGCCCAGGGCCAGCUUUGGCGACAGGCACUGCAUUACUGUCAUCCAUAAUAAAACGCACGUGGCCUUGGACUUCACCUCAAGAAUCAUUGACUUCUUCGUUAUCAAAGAUGGACAACUUAACAGUGGGGGUCCAAGUGCGUUAGUGGUCUUGGUUGAAGAAGAGUUGGUAGUGAUUGACCUGAGGGCAGAGGGAUGGCCAGUCAUUCAGACACCUUACCUGGUUCCACUCCAUAGUUCAGCCAUCACCUGCUCUCACCAUGUCUCUGCUAUCCCUCUGAAACUAUGGGAGAGAAUUCUUGCUGCUGGAGAACAACAGAAGACAAAUUACUCCAAAAAGCCUUGGCCAAUAACUGGAGGGCAGAACUUGGCCCCACAUCCUCCACAGAGAGAUCUCUUGCUCACAGGGCAUGAGGAUGGAACUGUCCGCUUCUGGGAUGCCUCAGGAGUCUGUCUAUAUCCCAUGUACAAAUUAAGCACAGCUGGAGUCUUCCACACAGACACUGAGACCAAUGACAAUCAUCAAGGUGCUGAAGGAGAAUGGCCACCAUUCAGAAAGGUUGGGUCCUUUGACCCCUACAGUGAUGAUCCAAGGCUUGGCAUUCAGAAGAUCCACCUAUGUAAAUACAGUGGUUAUCUUGCAUUGGCAGGAACAGCUGGACAGGUUCUGAUGCUGGAGGUCAAUGACGAGGCAGCAGAACAGACUGUGGAAACGAAAGUUGUGGAUUUGCUGCUCGGCCAAGAAGGAUUCCGCUGGAAGGGGCACACACGUCUAGAUGUUCAAGAAGAGCCAGUCCUUUAUGAGCCAGGCUUCCAGCCCUUUUCUCUGGUGCAGUGUCAGCCUCCUGCUGUGGUCACCGCUCUUAGUCUUCACUCAGAGUGGAAGCUAGUUGCAUAUGGCACGAGCCAUGGCUUUGGAUUGUUUGAUUACCAACAGAAAAUGAAUGUAUUCAUCAAAUGCACUCUAAAUCCCAGUGACCAUCUUGCCAUGGAGGGUCCUCUGUCUAGGGUGAAAAGCAUAAAAAAAUCCCUUCGGCACUCCUUUAGACGAAUCAGGCACAGCAGAGUGUCACUACGGAAACAACAUGUCAACAACACUGCCAAGAAGCUCCAGGAGGCGAAUGCUCAUUUGGAGGCUGAACUGUCCAAGACGGAAUUAGCUCCUAUCCAAAGGAAGGUUGAGGCUCGUUCUUCAGAUGAUUCUUUCACUGGUUUGGUGCGGAUACUUUACUUUGCUGACACCUUUCUCUCAGACAGUUCACAUAAUACACCUUCCCUUUGGGCAGGGACCAAUGGGGGCUGUGUAUAUGCAAUUAUACUUCGUCUUCCUUCUGUCGAGCACAGGACAGAUGAGCCCAUCACUGCACACCCUGAAAAAGAAAUCCAGCUCAUGCAUCGGGCCCCUGUUGUUGGCCUCAUCGUAUUGGAUGGUCACGGUUCUCCUCUCCCUGAGCCAUUGGAGGUAGCCCAUGACCUUGCUUGUUCACCUGAUACGCAGGGGGCCCAUCACCUUGUUGUUGUAUCUGAGGAACAGUUCAAGGUUUUCACCCUCCCUAAAGUGAGUGCCAAGAUGAAACUGAAGCUGACAGCUAUUGAUGGCUCUAGAAUACGGCGGGUUGGUGUGGCCUGGUUCGGUAGCAGUCAGUCAGAGCAUUAUGGUGAGAGUGGCCUGGUGGUUCUGACAAAUCAAGGUGACCUUCACGUGGUAUCAUUACCGGGGGUGAAGCUGCAGGUGCGUUUCCCCUGUAUCCGCAAAGAAGAUGUAAGCGGCAUUGCUUCCUGUGUCUUCACAAAACAUGGGCAAGGCUUCUACUUGAUCUCGCCAUCUGAGUUUGAGCGUUUUUCGCUGUCCACGCGCUGCCUCGUGGAGCCUCGCUGUCUUGUAGAAGUUCCACUUGAUUUGGGCGCCUCAAUUCAAGGUGUAAAAAAGCUGGAUGGAUAUUUAUCUGCUCUCAGUGAAACCAGCCAAGAAUUUCAGAAUUCAGAUAGUUCAGCUAGAUGUGUAAUGGAGCAUGCUUUGCUGAAUGAUGAAGAAGUGCUCCAGGAGAUCCAAAAGUCACUAGAAGGAGACCAUGUUUAAAUGGAACACUUCAUCUCAUUACGUAUGAAGAUGAUCUGAGUCCCGAUACCAAGAUGAGUCAACAACCACUCUACAAAAAAACAUGAAAUCCUGGAUCAGCAAUCAGUCUUGGCUUUUAGAAGUAGUACAUUUGCCUCUGUGAUGGAUCUACCCAAAAAUUCUAAGCUCCCCUUCUCAUGUCAUACCCCAGUGUUCUGGAGUAGGAUGCGCUGAGAGUGCCAAUUCAGCAGAGGCCUCACUUAUGUUGACGACAAAAAUUGAAGAAUGAACACCACCACCUGUGAGAUUUUGGACUAUGCUAUCUUUGCUUUUGUUUAUCACACAGAAUACUUUAAUUUUCAGUGUCUUACAUUUGCCUUGUUCAUCAUGUGAUGUAUUUUUAUUUAAAUAAUUUUCAAGCCUGUUUAAAAUUGAUUUUUAUUAACAGAAA